AUGGCGAAGAGUGUAAGAGUAGGGAAUGAUACUUCCAGUGUUUAUGACAAUUUCUGUUAUGUAAAUGAACGUCCAGUUGAUGAUAUAUCACUAGAAUUUUUUUAUAAACCUCAUACAAUAACUCUUUUAACAGUAGCUGUGGGAGCCGUGCUGUAUUCAGUCUUCACUCGAAAUGAUGAUAAUAUACAGAACAAUCUAUGGGAUGGUGUGCGAUGUGUGUGUUUCUUCUUCUUGAUAAUUAGUGUAUUAGCAUUUCCUAAUGGACCAUUCAUCAGACCCCAUCCUGCAAUAUGGAGAUUAGUUUUUGGUUUGAGUGUAAUAUAUCUGCUGGGUCUCCUUUUUAUCUUAUUUCAGAGUUAUGAUACUGUUAAAGGCAUCAUGUACUGGUUUUAUCCUGAUCUUGUUGAUUUUAGAAUUGAUACUGAGAAGGAGUAUGGUGUAAAUUGUUCUGAUGUUACUAUAGAGAGAGUUUGGAGUCAUGUUGACGUUUUUGCAUUUGGACAUUUUUUUGGAUGGGCAAUGAAAGCUAUGUUGGUUAGACAUUAUGGUAUUUGUUGGACUAUAAGUGUUACUUGGGAAAUAACAGAAGUGGCUUUUGCUCAUCUGCUUCCCAAUUUUGUGGAAUGUUGGUGGGAUGCAUUAAUUCUGGAUAUACUGUUGUGCAACGGUACUGGAAUUUAUUUGGGCAUGGUUUUAUGCCGCAAAUUGGAGAAUGAAACAUAUGAAUGGGAAAGUAUCAAGUCCAUUCCAAGCACCAAAGGAAAAAUUCGUAGAGCUGUAUUACAGUUUACACCUGCUAGUUGGACUCAUGUUCGGUGGCUUGAUCCCAAUUGUACUUAUAUGCGUUUCUUUGCUGUUUAUCAACUUGUUCUGUUUUGGCAGGUUACCGAGUUGAAUACAUUCUUCUUGAAACAUAUAUUUGAAAUUCCACCUGGUCAUCCUCUAAGUGUUGGAAGAAUUGCCUUAAUUGGUCUAAUAGUGGCUCCUACACUAAGAGCAAUAACAUUGACAGAAGCUAUAAUCUGUGCUAAAUUUGGCUUAGAACUUGUUGCCAGAACACAGGUGGAAAAUAUAUUACUUUGGUUACUUAUUCAGCUUGUGAUGACAUUCAUUUGUCUGUAUAUAUGUGUCCUUUUUGCAAAAAGAAAUCAGUCUAAGAUAGUUGACACAACUAAAUGUACCCAGACAACAACUGUGCAUGAGGAUGGAGUUGUGAAACCAAAUAAUCAGCAUCAUACAAAGGUUACAAAGCGAAAGAACAAAGGCAUGAAUGGACCAUUAAAAAAUUAGCUUUUUCACUUUAGCAAAUUUUAAACUUUAUCCAUUGUUGUUGUUCCACUGUUAAUUUUCAUAAUCAGCGUAAAAAGCAUUUGCAGGAUUUGAAAGAAAAGUGUUAAAGCCAUGCACUUAGUUAUUUUUGCACCAGUGUGUGUAUAGAAUUUCAGUAAAAUUUUUCAAAGCAAAAUAUAAAUCUUUGCUGUAAGUAAAGAUGGGAAAAGAUAUGAGCACAAGUUUUGGUUUAUUAAUUAUGAUGAAUUCUGCUUUAUUAUGGGGGAAUUUUUUGUGCCAGUUUUAUUUUAUUUAUUUUUUUGUAAACUUAAUGUUAAACAGUAAAAUGUGAAUUAAGAUUUCUAACAAUUUUAUCAUCUGUAUGCAAUACUUAGAUUUUACUAGUUCUGCUGAUGCAAAAUUCCAUUGAUGUAAUAUUAUGAACUUUACUGAGGUAUUAUUUAUUACGGUUUUCUUUCUUUCUUUCUCUUUUUUUUUUUUUUUUUUGUUUUAAUUUUUAAGUGUAAAUUUAUUGAGACCUGUCAUAAUUUUAUAAAUUAUAUUAUGGCACUGCACAAAGCAUAUAAACACACAUGAUUAAUAGUAAUAAAGCAAAUAAAAGCAGUAUAAUAUUUUUUUAUAAAGUAUAGAAAAUUUCACAUUUUCACCUUUCUUCUCAUUCUCUGAUUAAGGUGUUUGGAGUAGUGCCAGUAUUUUUGUUUCAUAAUUUUCCUUUUUUUAGAUUGCAAUUGUAUGCAAUAUAUUUAAAAAAAUUUUUCCAAAACAUUAAAAUUGUUUAGAUUUAUCAUUAAAAGUUUUGGAAAAUAUUUGUCAUUUUUGUAAUUACGUAAAUAUAGUUAAUGCUUGAGAUUCUUAUAUAAAAAUACCUCUUUUUUCUGUGUAGGAAAUAAUGCCAUGCGUUUUUAACAUUUAUUGUUAUGUAAAACUUUAAAUGUGGAAAGAGAUCUUAUUAACAUUCAGUAGUUAUGAAAUAUUGAAAUAAUCUAAAUUUCCUGCCUUUUUUAGAAAUUAGUUACACAUUCAAAAAUAUGAAUUUGAUUCAUGUAUUUAAGCUGAAUUAAAAACAAAGCUGGAAUUUUUUUUUUUUUUUUUUUUUUUUUUUUUUUUUAACAUUGGCAAGGUGAUGGUAUUUCUUAAAGUACAAUUUUUUCAACGGUUUAGUGAAAUUCUUAUAAAUUAUCACUUAUACUUAUUUACGAAGUUUCUACUUCAUUAUAUUUCUUUACAGAAUUGAACUAACAACUAGCUUGAGGAUGAGCUUUGCCCUUAACAAUAAUAAAAUUGUAUGAAAUAAGUUUAAGAUGAAAAAAUAUUUAAUUUCUUUUUAUAUUUUAUUGAUGAUAAUUUAAAGAACAAAUUAAGCAAAGCUUUCAUUAUAAGGGCCUUGAGUUCAUGUGCUUUUGUGCUUUUAUUUAAAUGUUUUUGAAUGCAAUUAUUUAACCCUUUGGGUUCUUUUUUUUCUUUUUUGUUGUUGUGCAUAGAACAGUACAUUUUAUGCAAGAAUUAAUUUAUUUCCUAUUAUUCAUUAUAUAUACUUCUACAUAAUGUUUAAAUAACUUGAGGCAGCUGGUAUUAUAAAGUACUUUUAAACAAAUAAAUUCUGGUUGUAAUAAAUAGCAAAUUAUCACACAGGUUGGUAAAUGCAGUGGUACUUUGCAUUCUUUGCACUACCAGGUAGUAUUCUUCCUAAUUUCGUUUUGACAUAUUAGAAUGUUAUGUGCGUCUUUGUCCAAACAAAUACAACAUCAUGUGCAUCGUUGUCCAAACAAAUGCAUGACGUACUGAUACGUCAAAUGUAGCCAAAGGGUUAAAGAGACCUAUUAUUUAUUUCAUCUUAUUAUUUUGACUAUUUAGAACUACAAAUAUUGAGUUUUUGAAUAUUUUUAAUCACAUUACUAAGUAAUUUAUGGUUUAGUAACUAUAUGAUGUAAAUCAAUUUAUGUAAAAGUUAUUAUUAUUAUAUGUGGUUCCCCCCUUUUAAAAUUAUGUGCAUGAAAUAAAUUUUAUGAUGAAAAAUGAAAUAAAAUUUGAAACAAGCAAAAUAUGUAUUAUGAUAAAAAAAAUUAAAACAGUGGAAUAACUUUUGUGAUAAAAUAGUUAAUGUAAAGCUAAAGCAGAAUAAAGGAUAGUAAUAUAUGUGAUUAUAAAAGAAAAAUUGGAAUGUAAUUUAUUUUUCUACAGCUGUUAUUUUACUGUUAUGUCUACUUAGUAUUGCAUUUGCUUUUGUUUAUUAUUUUAUUCACUUCUAUACUUAUAUAAAUGAGAUUUAAAAUAAAGUAACAAGGUCAUUCAUAGUUAUGAACAUAUCUGGUUAUUAGGAGUGGGAAAAGGGUCACAAAUUAGCAUUUAUAUGAAAAAAUAAUUUUGAUCGGGAGUUUCUUUUGAAAUAAUGCCUUAUAACCAGCUGUCUUGUAAUAUGAAAAAUCUCAUUGUAGAUCAUUUUCUUUUCAGUAUUGUUUCAGAAUUUCUCUAAAAUCUUGCACAUUGUUUUGAUGUUCUAUUUUUGAUGGCAUAAUUAUUAUUAUCAUUAAUCAUUAGAGGUAUAAAUGUUACUGUUGCAUCCUGUGAAAUAACCACCUUUCCCAUAAUAGGUUUAUUAAAUUUCCAUGUAUUAGGUUAAGUGUAUUUACCAAAUGUAUAACUAACUUGCUAAAUUAGAUUGUGUAAGAAUUGUGCCUUUCCAUAAUAUAAUUUGUACCUCCUGUUGGUAUUCCAUAUUCAACUUUCUUCAAUACCGUGUCUAUGAAUUUUAAAGUAUUUAUGUGUAAUAUGUUUUGUAAGUAGACUUGUUACAAGUGAGCAUAUUUCUAUGAAUCGGUAAGCAAUAAUUUUUGUAAUUCCUUGUAUGUGGUACUAGUCAUUUUAAUUUACUUUCAUCUGUGUGAGUUGUUCAAUAAAUAAGGGUUAGACCACUUUUUCUGUGGAUGUUUCUCCCUGUUUAGUGACUAGUCUUCUAACAAACAAAGCAUGUAUUAUACUUGUAAACAGUAUAUUGCCAAAUAUAUUGUUUCCAAGUAAGUGCCCUUUUACUUUCAUGUACGAAGUCCUAGUCAUUUGUGAAGUACUGAUUAUAUUGCAGCAGUUCAGUAUAAUAUGCAUGUUAUUUUAUAAGAAGAAGGAAUACUUAGGAACAUGUUGAUAAAUAUUUAUUGUUGCAUCACUGACAUAUUUUAAUAUAUUUUUUGCAAGCUAUAAUGUGAUUUUUUUUUAUUAGAUUCAAAGAAUAAGGAAUCCUGUUUUAAACAAGAUUUCCUUAUCAUUGUUUUAAAGCAUAUAAAUAUGUUAAUAUUUUACUGUUUUGCUCUUAUGAUUUUAGUCACUUAAAAUAAGCAUUAAUUUUAAAAAAUGAAGCUCUGAGUUAAAAAAAAGUUAUAAUUAUUAUAAUUGCAAAAAAUAUAGGAACUGCAUAUUGAAGUUUUUGAAUUAUAUAAUUAUAUUAUUUUGGUUCACAAAUUUCUCAUCUAGUAGUGUUAUUUAGCAUAAAAUUUGAAUUGAUUAUUUUUAAAUUUCGAUUCAAGCAUCUGGCAAACAGUUUGAAGCAUAUUUUUAAAUACAUAGUACUGAAACAUCUUCCAUUGGAGAACUGGAUUUUCUAGAGGCAUUUCACAUUCAAAAAAAUGUUUCUGUCCUAGUUAACGAUCCUAAUUCCAAUCCAAAUU